AUGAGCUUCGUAACACAAAUCAGAGUGCGAAACCCAAACUGGGGUCCUUUAAAGUUUCGUGACUGCAUCAUCGUGUUUACAUACCAAGUGAAUUCUAAUGUGUUGCCAAGCAAGUCUGCUCUUGGAAAUGAGGUCAACAGUGGCUUGCUGUUGCUGACCAGCACAAUCGAUUUGAAGGGAAAGGUUGAGUUGAUGCUGAUCAUGAAGACAACGAAGACAGCUGAAUUGAGCUGCUCUAUGGUGUUCAAUUUGGCAGCAAGGUCUCUUCAGAAUUUGGAUUGCAACUGA